UGGUUUGUUUGUUCGUCUUCCGAAAAAGAGAAGAGACAGAGCUCUCUCUCUCUCUCUCCCAAUCCUUAUUAUUAUUAUUAUUAAUCCAUUCUUCCCAGUCACGUUUUCUUCAAUCCUUCUCUUGCGGUUUUGCUCUAAACUGUAGCUCCUUUUAAGGUUCUUGCUUGUGUCUAUCGAAGGAAUCAGGUGUUUAGGAGAUUGAUCUUAUUAUAUUACAUUGAAUUGGUUCCGUUGUGGUCUGAGAAUUUGCUCCAAUUGUUGUCAUGGUUAGAUAGCGGAACCCUAAUUUAGUCAUGAAAUCGUUGGAUCAAUUGGAAGCCCUAAUAUCAGGACCUCCCAUCUCUGAACCGUCGUCCCUCCACGUAGAUGCUGCUUCAUCUGAUGCGGAUGACGAAGAGGAAGAUGAAGAAGAAGAAGCAGAGUGCGAGUAUGACGAGGAGGAAGAUGUUGAUUUCAAUCCUUUCCUCAAGGAUACUCCUUCCCGUGAAGCUUCUUCCAGUUUGAGCUCUGAAGUUGAGACUCUUGAUGGUGAAAUUGUCAAUAGCACUGUUUCCCAAACCUUAGAGGGCAGCCAAGCAAUGCACGAAAUCGCCACGCCCAGCCAAGAACCAAUCCCUCAGGACUCUCUUGAUCCCGGAGGACGGGCUGGCUUUGAGCCAAGUUCCAAUGAUGAGAGGACUGUAGAGCCAAAUGAUAACGGACAACAAUUGUGUGGCGUGAUCCAAACUCAGAAGCAAGGUAUUACCUCAACUGAGGAGGAGGAGGAUGCAAUCUGCAAGCGGACUAGAGCUCGCUAUUCCCUUGCCAGCUUCACCCUUGAUGAUCUUGAGGCUUUUCUCCAGGAGACCGAUGAUGAGGAUGAUAUUCCAAAUGUCGAUGAUGAGGAAGAAUACCGCAAGUUUCUGGCUGCUGUUUUACAUAGUGGUGAUACUGAGGUUCCCUUGGCACAGAGUGGAACUAAUGAUGACGACGACGAUGAUGAGGAUAACGAUUUAGACUUCGAGAUCGAACUUGAGGAAGCACUCGAGACUGAUGACGAGGAAAUUAUUCCGGAAAAGGUCACAACAGGUGACAACAAAACCACUAAGAGACGCCCCGUGACUAGGCAGAAGAGACAGCAAAACAUCUCCUCUCACCACAAUAACAAUUCUCCUGAACAGGCUGGCAGAUUAUUACGCCCUCUUGUACCUAUCUUACCCAUUGCCCCACCUGCUGGAAGGUUUUCUGCUACUGAAGCAGUGGAUUCAUCAGGAAACAGGACAAUUAAUGGCUUCAGUCAAGCCCAAAUGGGAGAACUGCAUUGUUUGAUUCAGGAUCACCUUCAACUUCUUAUCCAAGUGUACUCUCUUUGUGCCCUUGAUCAUUCGCGGCAGCACAUUGGGACCCAAGUCCAAGGACUUCUAUCUGAGAUGCUCAAUCAACACCAAGGAUAUAUUUCACGCCCAAGUCAUCUUCUUCUCUCUGGUUCCGCAUCAUCGGUUCUGGAUGUUGUCGAUCUAGCUGGAAGAUAUCUAGUUGAUGUUUCUGACGCUGUUCAAGAUUACCGACGCUCUCAAGUGGAAUCCGGUUUUGAUCCUUCGUCUCAAAGAGUGCCAUUAUUUACACUUCCUCACCAAGAAGUUGGUGGUGAGAUCAUAAACAAUCCUCGUUUAUCCCCUAUUUCAAGUAAGUCACCAUCAGGUCAGCAGCAAUCUAAGAAGACGUUAGCUGCUACACUUGUUGAGUCAGCCCAGAAGCAAUCUGUUGCCUUGGUCCACAAGGAUAUCGCCAAGUUAGCUAAAAGGUUUUUGCCGUUGUUCAAAGUAUCUCUGUAUCCCCACAAGCCACCUCAUGCAGCUGUCGCCAAUCGGGUCCUUUUCACUGAUGCUGAAGAUGAAUUACUGGCUCUUGGAAUAAUGGAAUAUAACUCAGACUGGAAGACAAUAAAGCAGCGGUUUCUUCCAUGUAAAGGCGAGCAUCAGAUUUAUGUUAGGCAGAAAAACCGGAGAUCAUCUAAAGCCCCAGAGAAUCCAAUUAAGGCAGUUUUGAGGAUGAAAAGCUCUCCCCUGACUCCACAAGAGAUAGUACGUAUACAAGAGGGGCUUAAGUACUUCAAAUAUGAUUGGAUGUCUGUAUGGAAAUUUGUCGUGCCUUAUCGAGACCCAACCACACUGCCACGGCAAUUGCGCACUGCCCUUGGAAUUCAGAAAUCAUAUAAGCUAGAUGCUGUAAAGAAGGAAAAGCGGAGACUUUAUGAUACAAAAAGAAAGUCCAGAGAGCAGCAGGCAUCUGUAAAAGAGGGUCAUCAUGGUGCUUCUAAAGCCAAUGAAUAUCAUGUUGGAGAUGAAUUGGUCGAAAGUUCAGGUGAGGCAUACCUACAUGAAGGAUUUUUAGCAGAUUGGAGGCCUGGCAUGCCAACUCUCUUUUAUUCUGCAUCUAUGCACUCCUUUGACAAGGCAAAGAAUGUUCCCGGUGAUCGACAGGAGUCAUUACAAACAUGUACCGUUGAAGGAUCCAAAAAUCCUGAUCUUUGUGGUGGCCAAAUUCUGACAUGUACGCAGAGGCUUGCACCUUCCUUCAUUCCUCUGUACCAACACACAUCUGGUACAGCACCCAAUGCCUCAAGAGCAUCUAUAAUUAUGCGACCAUAUCGUACUCGAAAACUAUGCAACAGAAGUGUUGUGAGACUAGCCCCUGAUUUGCCUCCCCUUAACCUUCCAUCUUCGGUCCGUGUCAUCUCGCAGUCAGUAUUUGCGAAGAAUCAGACUGAAACAUCCUCCAAAACUUGUAUCAGUAAGGAUGGCAUGUCUAAUGUUUCUGGGAGGGAAAAUUUGGGUAUUGAACCUCCUUGCUUUUCAUCUGACGGGGAUAACAACGGUCCCGGUAGCGAGAAAGUGGUAGAUUUGCAGGAAGAUGUGCCUCCAGAGAGAUCCUCUGGGAUGGGCGAGCAGAGUAAUUCAGAUCUACAAAUGCAUCCUUUACUGUUCCGUACCCCUGAGAAAGGACAGAUUACAUGUUUCCCUCCAAACAGAGACCCAGGGGGUUCUAGUUUUAGUUUCUUUUCUGACAAUCGACCUCAGCUGCUAAGUCUUUUCAACAGUUCAAAACAAAUCAAUCACUCAGCUGAUCAGCUCCCCAAAAAUUCAUCAUCAAACGAACAUGAGACACCACAGGGCGACAGCUGUUUUCAUCCUCUUCUUCAAAGAACUGAGUAUGAAAAGAGUUAUCUUACUAGUAGACGUGGGAACUUAGUCCCAGACAUUGGCAAGAAAAACAAAUUAUGUCAACUUCAGGAUACUGUUGAGCACACUUCAAUCCCUGGUGCUGGUCAUAAUGAUGUCAGCUUGAAACCUUUAAGCUCUACCAAACAUGGUAAAAAUGUGAACUUAGAUAUCUAUCUAAGCUCGAGCUCUUCUAAGGCAAACAAUUGUGGUAGUGCAGCAAAUAUUUCAGAAGCUCCAGACAUCUGCAUGACUCAACGUAACGACGGCUCUGAAGUGCCUGGAUCAACUGCACCAAGUGAUAAUAUUAGUAGAUGCAUUGACGAGAUGGCUGAUCAGUCUAAUCUAGGUAUAGUGAUGGAACAGGAGGAAUUAAGUGACUCUGAGGAAGAGAUGAUGGAAGAAGAACAUGUUGAGUUUGAGUGUGAAGAGAUGGCUGAUUCUGAAGGAGAAGAAGGCUCAGAAUGCGAAGAAAUCAUUGAAAUUCAAGAUAAAGAUAACAGUAGCUCUGUGGUAGAAAUAGCAUCAACAGAUGUUGAUUCUGGCAAAGAACUAGGCAAGGAUUCUCCAAACAGUCCUUGGUUGAGUUUGGAUCCGAGUAGUCGUCGCAUAAGCAGUAAUUUUAAGGACAUCGAGAAGACAGAGCUUGCAAAUGAAGUGACCAUUGCACAAUAUGGUCCUAGUAUAUCACGCAAAAAAAGGACACCAGUGAAGAGCAGAGAUGCAGAAUUAAAGGAAGAAGCAGGUGUUGCUCGGUUAAGACUGGGUCCUCUUGCCUUCCCUCUAGUGAAGAAACCCAAGAAGUGUGGUGGGCAGGCGGAAACAAGCCCAAGUAGUGAGACAACCUGAGAAACUUCUUGACCCAGCUACAAAUGAUUAGCUUUUCUCCACUCCUAAAAGUUGCUUCCAGGUUCAGAGAUAUCAUAUUAUGCCAAUCUGGAGAGCUGUGUUGUUUGUGUAUACCUUCUUGGAGGUUAUGGCAGCCAUGGAGUUUGCUUUUAACGAGGUUUGGUCACUUCCAUUAGAACCGCAAAUACAACGCAGAGUGCAGAGAUGAGAAGUGCAUGACGCAGAAGAAAGACAUUUCAGCUUGGUCUGAUCAGGGAAGAGAUCAAUUAUAGAGUGAUCAGGAAGGAGAAGAAUGAGCUGGGAGGGAAGAAAUGAUUGAAUCAGGCCCGCGCUUCUGGUUAUUUGGCAUCGAGCAUUGCCCCAGUGAGAUGGGAUGAUUCAAGUGCAGUAGAGUGAUGGAGGGUCUUGGUAAAUAGAAGAGUAAGCUCAACUACAAAGAGUAUGUAUCUCAGAUGGAGAUCUCAGUUUCAAAAUAUGGAAGCUUCCAGUUGUCUUACUGUAGUUUUCUCCUUGUUGGAUCCAUUUUGUAUAACAGAGAAAAAUUGGAAUGUCAAAUAGAAGUUUUUUUUUGUUUUUUUUUGGGAUCAAAUAGAAGAUUAAGGACCACUUUGUAUUGUUA